UUAAUUUCCACCCCUCUAAGAUCCUAAUUUUCCUUGUUAAUCCCAAAUUUACACAGAAAGGAGAAUGUGGUACAACCCUCUUAGGGUGUCUGACAUUGACAAAAGUCAUCUCUGUUGUCCAGAACCCUUCGUGACCACCGGGUCCCACCUACGCAUUUAUUUUCUUUUCCUAAGCCUUUUCUUUCCCUUUUUUUCCCGGAAAAUAUGAAUGACUGAUCCUACGCUCUGUGUGUUCUAACAACAAUAAUUCGGAGAGGAUUUGAGACAGAAGAGAUCAAAGACUGCCCAAUACGCGAAGGAGAGAGACUAGAGAAUGAACCUCUGCGUUUUCAGGAUUGCCAUACACGAACCAUUACCACCAACUCCAACUGCAACCGCAACCGCAACCGCAACCACAGCAACUCACAUUGACCGAGAUGGGCAACUGUGGUACUAGAGAGGAAUCCGCCGUUGUCUCCAAUGCUCAAGUUCAACAGCUGAAUACGCUAUCAUCAGUGUCUACUAAAGCUGGAAAUCCGUCGUCGGAGAAGAAGCACAGUCGUUCCGUCUCAGAUCUGAGCGAUCCUUACACGCCUCGUAAAUUAGAGGACGCCAGUAAGAAUGCGCUACUUUAUACUCAUGUUAUUGCCUUUACUUUGUACGAGCUGGAGACCAUCACCAAAAGCUUCCGCUCCGAUUACAUUCUCGGCCAAGGUGGAUUUGGAACUGUUUACAAAGGAUACAUUGACGAGAAUGUGAGGGUUGGCCUCAAAUCUCUCCCCGUUGCUGUCAAGGUUCUCAACAAGGAGGGCCUUCAGGGCCACCGUGAAUGGCUGACGGAGGUCAACUUUCUUGGCCAGCUUCGCCAUCCUAAUCUUGUUAAGUUGAUUGGAUAUUGUUGUGAGGAUGACCACAGGUUACUUGUUUACGAAUUCAUGUUCCGCGGAAGCCUUGAGAAUCACUUGUUUCGAAAGGCAACCAUUCCUUUAUCUUGGGGCACAAGACUGAUGAUUGCACUUGGAGCUGCCAAGGGGCUUGCUUUCCUUCACAAUGCUGAAAGGCCUGUCAUAUAUCGGGACUUCAAAACCUCUAAUAUAUUGUUGGACUCUGAUUAUACAGCCAAGCUUUCUGAUUUUGGGCUUGCAAAAGCUGGACCACAGGGCGAUGAGACCCAUGUCUCAACUAGAGUUAUGGGUACCUAUGGCUAUGCUGCCCCUGAAUAUGUAAUGACCGGCCACUUAACUGCCAGGAGUGAUGUAUACAGUUUUGGAGUUGUUCUUCUAGAGCUUUUAACUGGGAGGAAGUCCGUUGACAAGACCAGACCAAGUAAGGAGCAGAGCUUGGUGGAUUGGGCCCGUCCUAAAUUGAACGACAAGAGAAAAUUGCUGCAAAUAAUUGACCCUAGAUUGGAGAACCAGUACUCAGUAAGAGCUGCCCAAAAAGCCUGCAGCUUGGCUUACUACUGUCUGAGCCAGAAUCCCAAAGCGAGGCCUCUAAUGAGUGAUGUAGUUGAAACUUUGGAACCUCUACAGUGCAGCAAUUGUGAAGUCUCAUCGUCAUCAAUGCCCUCAACCUUUACAGGUGGCAGAGGUUCCUAUGCAACAGGGGGAAUUCCUAAUUAUCGGAUGCAUAGAAGGUUUCCCAACAAUGUUGGUCCUGUUGCUAGUUGUCGGUCUCCUGGUCCAAAUUGCUCUCCUGGUGGUCCUGCUGCAUGCAGGGUUAGAUGAAAAUUUUCGCUUCACAUGCAUACUUGUUUGGUGUGCAACCAUGGGGUGCAUUUGUUUCUUUGUACUUAACGUAUGCAUAGGCAUGGUGAUCCCGAUCCCAUUGUUGAUAUUGCUGUUUUGACAUGGUGCUCGACUGCUCGUGUUAAUUUUGUAAUGAAAACUGUGUUCUUCCUUAAGUUCUACUUAGCUUUCUUUCCUCUUUAUGUAUAUGCACUAUGAAGAAGUGCUUAUGGAAGUAACAAGGUUUGUCGGCA